UACCACAUACCAUUUGCAACUUGAGUUCUCUUCAAUAUCUUGAUCUGUCCAAUAACAGCAUGCGCGGUGUGAUUCCACAAUGUUUAGCAAACUUCAGUAGUGAACUCUCUGCGCUGGAUCUGCGAAUGAAUCACUUUCACGGACCCAUUCCAACAACUUUCGCAAAGUGCAACAAUUUGAGGAAUCUCGGCUUGAAUGGCAAUCAAUUGGAAGGGUCGGUACCACAUACUUUGAUCAAUUGUAGAAACUUAGAAGUUCUCGAUCUUGGAAACAACAAGAUAAGUGAUACAUUCCCCCAUUGGGUGGAAAAUCUUCCAAAAUUGCACAUUCUUGUGUUGCGAUCAAAUAGAUUUCGAGGUACAAUAGGCACUUCCACGAGUAAACUACCCUUUCCUAAGAUGCGAAUACUCGACCUCUCUCACAACGAGUUCACCGGCCCCUUGCCUGCAAAAUUUUUCAAGAAUUUCAAAGCCAUGAUGAAUGUUGAUGAACAUAAAACGGUCCUGGAAUAUAUGGGAACCUCUUAUUACGAUGAUCAUGUGAAGGUGGUGGUGAAAGGGAUUGAGAUUGAAUUGGUGAGAAUCCUAACCAUCUUCACAACCAUUGAUUUGUCCAGCAACAACUUCCAAGGGCAGAUUCCAAACUUCAUUGGAAUGCUUAAUUCACUACGGUUGCUCAACUUUUCUCACAACAGUCUUGCAGGACAUAUCCCAUCAUCUCUGAAAAAUUUGAGAAUGCUUGAAUCAUUAGACCUCUCUUCCAACCAAUUGGUGGGGGAGAUUCCUUGGCAACUGACAAGCCUAACAUUUCUUUCAAUCUUGAACCUUUCUCAAAAUCAUCUUGUUGGACCGAUACCUCACGGUCAACAAUUUGAUACAUUUGAAAAUAAUUCCUACUCUGGAAACCUGGCAUUAUGUGGAUUACCGUUGACGAAGAAAUGUAGAGAUGACGAACCACCAACACCACCGCAUCAAGAAGACGAUUCAAAUUUUGCAAGUGGAUUCACUUGGAAAAUUGUCGUGAUGGGAUACGGAUGUGGAUUUUUAUUUGGAUUAGUUAUGGGUUGUCUUGCCUUCUUUACUGGAAAACCAACAUGGUUUGUAAAGAUCAUUGAAGGUGAACGUCACAAAACUGAGAGAAGAUUGAAUAGGAAUGCUCAAGGACGUGCAAGGAAUAGAAAUCAGCGAACACAACAACGAACCAACCUGCGCUGGUAA